AUGGAAGUGUACGUGGAUGACAUGGUGGUAAAGAGUCUCACCGCGAUCAAACAUGUAAGCAACUUGCAAGCAGUCUUUGACAUUAUCCUCGCAUACAGCAUGAGGCUGAACCCGGACAAGUGCUUGUUUGGAGCUGUUAAAGGGAAGUUCGUAGGCCACGUGAUAAGUAGGCAGGGGAUCGAAGCAAACCCGGAGAAGGUCCAGGUCAUACUGAAUAUGGAGGUCCCAAAGGUCAAGAGUGAUGUGCAGUCCCUGACGGGCAAGAUAACGACCCUCGCUAGGUUUGUCUCUAGACUCACGGACAAGUGUGCACUGUUCUUUAAGCUGCUGAAGAGUCAGCAUUGCAAGCUAAUCAAUUGGGGGCUCGAGCAAGAGGAGGCUUUUAGGAAAAUCAAAGAGUAUUUGGCAUCGGUGCUUAUGUUGUCAAAGCCGAUUCCUGGAGAAAUGCUGUAUCUCUACUUGGCAGCGUUUGAUACAACGGUGAGCUUGGCCCUGAUCAAGAAAGAUGAUGUCAUCGAGCUCCCGGUGUAUUAUGUAGGCAAAGGCUUCACCUUGGCAGAGAGUAGGUACCCGGACCUCGAAAAGUUGGCUCUGGCACUCAUUGUGACCGCUCAGAAGCUACAACAUUACUUCCAAGCGCAUUCCAUCACUUUGUUCACAAACUGCCCUCUCCGGCAGGUUUUGGAGAAACCGGAAGCAAGCGGGAGACUUGCUAAAUGGGCGAUCAAGUUAGGUGAGUUUGAUAUACACUACGUGCCGAGAGUAGCUAUGAAAGGGCAAACGGCUGCAGAUUUCAUCUCGGAGCUAACCCCCAUGAAGAACGACGAGGCGCAUCCUGAGAUAGAGCGUCAAGCACUGGCCAAGGCUCUUUUGAGCAGAUUCGAAUCAGCAACGGUCACUCAAAUCCCUAGGAAGGAAAAUAGUAAUGUUGAUGCUUGGGCUAGACUAGCCACCGGUACCCGUCAGAAAGGGUGCAAGAAGGUCAAGGUUGAGAUCCUAGAUCGGCCAAGCAUUAGCAAGACGAUCUUGGAGAUAUUUGCCAUCACCGUCGGUCCCAAAGAACCGACAUGGAUAGACCCCAUCAUCGAGUUCAUUAAGGAAGGGGUCCGCCCGGAGAAUAGGCGACAGGCGAGGAAGUUGCAGUUGAGGUGUGCAAGAUACACACUGAUAGAUGAUAAGUUGUACCGCAGGGGCUAUUAUUUCCCCAACCUCAAGUGCGUAUCAAUAGAGGAAGGUGAGACAAUUCUCCGGGACAUCCAUGGAGUUUGCGGCAAUUAUUCUGGAUCAAGAUCUCUGAUCUUCAAGGCCCAAAGAACGGCAUACUUCUGGCCCAAUAUAGGGAAGAUGGCCGAUCAAAUAUCAGUGAGAUGCCACAAAUGUCACCAGCACGCUAACAAGGUCUAUUCCUCAUUCAUCGCUCUCUCGAUCAUGAUGUCUCCAUGGCCGUUUGCGCAAUGGGGGCUGGCUAAUCGGGAAGCUUCCCACGGCUCCCGGACAGUACAAAAGCUCCGAGAAGCAUUAUGGGCUAUCCGGACCACCCCGACGGAGUCAACAGGAGAAAUGCCUUUUAGCCUAGCCUUUGGCACAGAGGCUGUCAUCCCAAUUGAGCUGACAGUGCCAUCGGGAAGAGUUGAAGGCUAUAAUGAGGAGACCAAUGCAGAGGGGCUCCAGCUGAACAUGGAUCUCAUCGAGGAGAAAAGGGAGAGGGUCGAUCUACACAACCAAGUGUACAAGCAGCGAGUUUCCCGGCACUACGACAGCAAGGUCAGACCCUGA